AUGCCACCUGUGGCUACGGAGCCUCCUCUCUCCGUUCUCUCCAACGGUGCCAAUUCCUCGUUCGAUCGGCCCCCUCGAAAGUCCCAUGACAAGACCAUCAGUGGCGUCUUUACAUACACAAACGGCCAGGACGUGGAGGCCGGCCUAUCCGAGCACAGGCUGGAUCAGCUCAAGAACCGUCGAAAUAACAGCCAUGGCUCUCUGACCAACGGCAUCCCAAAUGGCAACCUCAAGCCUGCUCCCCGAGACCGGUCGCAUUCCAAAGCUGGCAGCACUCACUCGGUAGCGAGUAUCCAGGGGCCAAAUGGCGACAGUUUUGCCAGGCCUGGUAGCCUUGCGGAUGGGUUGACCAAGCUCUCGAGUGUCGCAACCGCUACGGAUGAGUCGCCCGCUGGACAAACGCCAGAAUCGAAUCUACUGAACACGGUUCAUCCCCCAACCGCCCCCGAGCACGAUCCUUCACAUGCCGUCACCGCCUCGACGGUGUUGGAUACGGUGCGGUUGGAUGGACCGACUCUGUCAGCUCACGGCUCUCCGCCCUCGCCGACUCGAUUUCCCUCCCCCCUUGCAAUGUCUCCUGACACUGCGGCCCAGGAUCGAUUUCCCGAAUUGGCGCAACCUUCUGACGGGCCUAAGCUUACGCAUCGCCAUACCCUACAAGUGCCGAAAUCCAAUAUUGCGACCGGUCGAACAUCGCGCGACUUUUCCUUCUCGGCCGGGCCCUCGGAAGAAGCCCUUUCUACGACCGGUCGCUUUUCGCCCACGCGAGACCAGUACGAUGCGUCCACAAUACGACACAGGAGGGCUUCACUUGGACUUGUACGCCGGACGACGCGAUCGAUGCAGUCCGACGUCCACUUGGACGAGGUCCCUCCGGACGAGGACGCGGCACGGUGGACGGAACUGAUCAAACAGAAAAGGGCGAGUAGGAGGAAGAGGAAGGAGGAGGAAGAUGACGAUCGGGUAAUUGUCGGAAAGAAGGUUGAAGAGGGCCACGUCAACUGGGUCAUCGCAUACAAUAUGUUGACCGGAAUUCGAUUUACGGUAUCCCGAACGAAUGCAAAGAUGGACCGAGAGCUGACGGACGCCGAUUUCGCUGCAAGGCACAAGUUCAGUUUCGACAUCACGGGAAACGAAUUGACCCCCAGCGCAAAGUACGACUUCAAAUUCAAAGAUUACAGUCCCUGGGUUUUCAGGCAUCUCAGGGCAAUCUUUGGCCUCGAUCCCGCCGAUUAUCUCGUCAGCCUGACGAGCAAGUACAUUUUGUCCGAACUGGGUAGUCCGGGAAAGUCUGGAUCAUUCUUCUACUUCUCCCGCGACUACAAAUAUAUCAUCAAGACUAUCCACCACGCCGAGCACAAGCUUUUGAGGAAGAUCCUGAGGGAUUACUACCGACAUGUGGUGGACAAUCCGAACACCCUGAUCAGCCAGUUUUACGGGUUGCAUCGGGUCAAGAUCCCCUACGGCCGAAAGAUUCAUUUCGUGGUGAUGAACAAUCUAUUUCCCCCUCACCGGGAUAUCCAUCAAAUGUUCGACCUCAAGGGUUCUACGAUUGGUCGAGAUUUUAAGGAAGACGAAUUAGCUAAGAACCCCCGAGCCACGCUGAAGGAUCUGAACUGGUUGCGGCGAGGCUUGCAUCUAGAGUUUGAUGCUCGAAUCCGGCAGGUGUUCCUCGACCAGCUGAAAAGGGAUGUGUCUCUGCUGCAGAGGCUUCAAAUCAUGGACUAUUCGCUUUUGGUGGGGAUACAUGACUUGGGGAAGGGCAACGAGGAGAAUCUUCGCGAGACGACAUUGAAGGUCUUUCAGCCAGGAGGAGAACGGGAAGCGGAUGACCACAGCACUGCAAUGUUGACGCGGACACCGUCCAGGAUGGAAAAUGCGAGGAAAGCACGAGAGUUGAGAUUGACUCUGAAAAAGGAGAAACCCGUGCCUAUGGGCAAGGCCAGCACUAGGAUGCCGUCCGAAAUGUCUUCCGGCGAUGAGAGACGGGACCGAAUAUUCUACAGCUACGAUGGCGGUAUCAGGGCAACGCAUGAGGAUGGCUCAGGGGGUGAUAAGAUAUACUACCUUGGUGUCAUCGACUGCUUGACUCACUAUGGCUUCAUUAAACGGGUCGAACAUUUCUGGAAGGGACUCUCGGCCCCUAGCGCCCAGAUCUCGCCAGUACCUCCGCAGGCAUACGCAGAAAGGUUCCUGAAUUUCAUUACUGGAAUAACAAUGACUCCCGAGGAGGUCGAGCGUCGGGGAACCCUGGAGAGCUAUCGCACUGGAGAACACGCCCAGACCUCAUCUGUGGAAAACCUUGGUCAAUUUACAACGGCCAGUCCUGACGAUUAUGGUCAGCAACAAGAACCUGCUGAAAAGGUCCCGCCUCUCAGUCCCAACGUGGAGAAGACGAUGCGGAAAGCUCAAAAGCAGGCCGACAAAGCCACGCCGGCGGAAAAGGGGCGGCGGAAAAGCGAAGAAGAAAAGCCGGAACGCAUCCUGAGAACACUGGAAGAACCAAAGACCUCGACACUUCUACCAGUCGUAUCAGAAGCUGGGGAGAAUGGAGAGCCUAGCGAGAAGCGCACCUUAUCUUCAGCGGAUGAAAGUGAGGACUUUGGUCUUGAGCCACCGCCGUCUGGGGCGACGAGAAACUUUGCGAUCCCUGAUCUACGCAAAGUCUCGCCGUCCACGGUUGGUACUGCUACUGAUAUGCAAGAUGAGCCGAGUGAGAUCGGUUCAUACGCCGGAGACUUCGAACCUCCGUCACAGGUCGAGAAUGAGUGGGGACGAAAUCAUGUUUCUGAAGAAAAGAGAGACAAACCGCCCCGACUUGCAAGCGACCUGAUCCAGCCCCAAUCUCCUCUUGGGGAAGCGCUCAUGGCAUCUCUCAACGAUAUCAACCCCAAGCAGGAAGCCACCAGCACAGCACGUGAGUAG